AUGAAACAUAUUGAGAACUUCAAUGAAACAACAAUAGACGCAUUUAUUCUUCUGGGAUUUGGGAACACCCCUGAGCUUCAGACUCCUCUCUUCUUGCUUUUCCUAAUAAUCUUCAUUGUGACCCUAGCUGGAAACAUCAUCAUCAUUGUGUUAGUAAUACUGGAUCAUCACCUUCACAUCCCCAUGUACUUCUUCCUUGGAAACUUGUCCUGUUUGGAGACCUUCUAUAGUUCAACACUUCUGCCCAGGAUGUUGGCCAGCUUUUUGACAGGGGACAGAAGCAUUUCUGUUGGGGGCUGCUUCAUACAGUUUUAUUGUUUUGGUAUGCUCCUGAUCGCAGAAAUAUAUCUACUGGCGUCAAUGGCAUAUGAUCGGUGUUUGGCAAUAUGCAAGCCCCUCCAGUAUGCAACCCUCAUGAGCAGAAGACUCUGCUUUGUGUUGUCAGCUGCAUCUUGGCUUUGGGGGAUAGCAGUUAUGACUUUAGUAGUGAGUUUGAUGUCACAACUGAAAUUUUGUGGUCCCCAUGAAAUUAAUCAUUUCUUUUGUGAACUAGCCCCAGUAAUUAACCUUGCAUGCAGUGACACAACUCUGGUGACAUUGGUGGGACUCACAGUCUCUGUCAUAGAUACGGUUCCACCGUGUCUUCUGACUUUGCUUUCUUACAUGUGCAUAAUUGCUGCCAUUGUACAAAUCCCAUCUUCAAAUGGGAGGAAAAAAGCCUUUUCCACCUGUUCUUCCCACCUGAUUGUAGUUUCUAUAUUUUAUGGUUCAUUGAUAUUUGUAUAUGUGCUACCAAAAAAAGAAGCUCUGAAUGAAGUAGACAAGAUAUUCUCAGUCUUCUACACAAUAUUAACUCCUCUAAUUAAUCCCCUUAUCUAUAGCCUAAAAAACAAAGAAGUUAAAAAAGCUUUAAGAAGAGUUGUAAAAAAAUGUGGGAUUUCUAUGAAAUGUUGA